ACACACACACACACACACAGAGCACAUCCACCUGAUAGAGUGGGCUACAGAGACACGUGAGCCACAGGGUGGAGCAGCGUCGCGUGCUGCGGAACGCAAUUCGGUUUAACCGGGUCGCGCGCGGUCUGGCUGCGGAUGCGGGUCGGUGAGUGUGGGCGCGAGGCGGGGGGGAAAAAUGGCGAACGGGCACGGGCGCGGGCGGCGGCGCGCCUCGUGAGGACACGGUAGGCAGACGGCAGCUCGAGGACACACCGGAGAGAGUGAGAGGAAGGAAGCAUGGAGGACUCGGAGCCCGCAGAGGACGGCUUGCUCGCGGGCUUGCGGUGGAACAGGAGCGCGCGGGACCAGGCGCAGCUCAAACACAAAAUCCGGGACCUUCCGGGGCUCCUCAAGCACGGGCUGCACCUGCGGAAGAAGAGCCAAUCGCCUGACACUAUCCCUGGACCAAGCACUGGAUCUGCACUACACAAGUCUUGUUCCCAGAGUUUCCCGUGUGCUGCCCGGGCUGUGAGGAACGCCUUCCUUUCUCAUGGGCCAUACCCGGCAAAAGACAAGAUACACCUGGCCCGAAUCAUACGGCGCAGCUAUGUCGGAGUGGAGCUGGUGCAGUGGCUGUGUGAGCAGUGUGUGUACGUGCGCUGUCGGACCACUGCUGCGCGCGUCUGGCAGGUGCUGCUGGAGCUGGGAGUCCUGCUGUCGGUGGACCAGCGUGUGGUGUUUUCAGACUCCAACUCUUACUACCAGUUCAGUUUUGAGGAGUGCGAGUCGGCCUCCUGCGAGUUUCGCUUCAUGGAAGGGGAGUGGCCAGAGGCAGUUAAGCUCCUCCUUCAACUUGCUCCGUAUGUCCAGUUUCGCUCGGGCGGCGGGCCGAAUAGCCCGUCAGAGGAAGACUCUGAGGGCAACAGGGACGUGUGCAGUGAGAUUCUCCAGAUGAAAGCUCUGGAGAGGCUCACUUCUACGGUGCAGAGUGAGUUAGCUGCUGCUCUCGCCCGAAAAACUCGCAAAGCUCUGUCAGAGCAGGACUCUGAGACUACGGAAAUGGGCCGCCAGGAGUCUUGUUCACCCAGCGAGGAGAGCAGCCCGCUGGGUGGGGUGUGCACGUUGCGGGACGGCGGCAGAGGCGGCGGCGGCGGAGGAGGAGGAGGCAGAGGCGUGGGGCCCAUGUGCGGCCGGGACGAGCUCACCAGUCGGCUGGGACUGGAAGCCGUGCAGCGGCUGGCCAAAGACGGCUGCCGGCUGCUGCAGAACCACAACUACCGCCUACCUGACAGGAACCAAGUGGAGGUGGUGGGGAGAGUUUGUCUCAAGGAGAGAGGGCGAGACGUAUUAGUGUUGCAGAGGGUAACAUCAUCCGUGACGUCUCCCUCAGAGCGGCCCUCACCUACUUCGUCAGGGGGCGGGUCCAGAGAGGAGGACUGCAACAAGAGGUACGUGGUGGUGUCUGGAACGCCGCUCAAGAUACUGGAGCAUCUGCUCAGUGACCUGCGACUGGAUGACCAAAGAGGGGCACCAGAGAACAGGGAGAGCGAAAUGCUUCUGGAUGAUUUCCUCUUGACCUACCUGGUGUUCAUGUCGACAGAUGACCUUUGUCAAGCUCUUUUGGGACAUUAUAGCAGUGCUCGCUGCAGGGGCCAGGAGGAGGGCAAAGACGCCCUCUUCAGGAAGCGCAAGGUGCUGCAGCUGGUGGCCCAUUGGAGCAGGCUCUACAAGGACUUUCUGAAAGAAGAGGAGCACAUCAGGAGUUUCAUGAAGACCCUUUACAGGUGUGUUUUAGAAGAUCUGUAUGAGUUUCCGACCCUGGAGAAAGACUUGAAGGAGUUCCAGAAGCUUCUGCGCCGCCGACACACAGUGGAUGACUGCCCUCCAAGCCAAAAGAGCAAACAAGUGUAUCAGCAGCUGAGUUUGAAGGAAAACUGUUUGCCGCUUCGGAGUCCUCACGCAGAGACCAGGGAGGUGAUAUGCUGUGUGCACGUCAGUGCUGACUCUUACCUGAGCGUUCACACACAACCCGCCCUGGAGGCCCACGAGCUGCUGCGGAUUGUGGCGAUGAAGAUGGACAGAGCAGAGGAAGAGAUGGUGCUGGCUGUGGUGUCGCACACUGGAGAGCGGAGGGUGUUGCAGGCCAGUGACUGUGUGUAUUCAGAGUCUCUGACCCCCCAGGGAAAGCUCGUGGCCUGUCGCAGGGACCUCACGGAGAUCUUGCCUCCUUUGACAGACAGUGCAGAACUAAGCAGGAGGCCAGUUCGGCUCUUAGGCAUCAACACCUGGGAUGUGGCAGCGGCCCUCACACAUCUGGACUGGAGCCUCUUCAAAUCCGUCCAUGAGCAGGAGCUGGUGUACUUCACUCUCAGCCGCGCUCCCGGCUCCGGCCACACGGCGGCGCUGUCUGUCCUGCUUCAGCGCUGUAACGAGGUCCAGCAGUGGGUGAUGUCCGAGGUGCUCAUGUGUGUGUCGCUCAACAAAAGAGUACAGCUGCUCAAGAAGUUCAUCAAGAUCGCAGCUCACUGUAAAGCCCAAAGAAAUCUAAACUCUGCAUUUGCCAUCAUCAUGGGUCUCAACACAGCCGCCGUCAGCCGACUCAACCAAACGUGGGAGAAAUGUCCAGGGAAGUUCAAGAAGCUGUUCUCAGAGUUGGAGCUCAUCACGGAUCCAUCUCUGAACCAUAAGGCCUACAGAGAGGCCUUCAAGAGAAUGAAACCUCCCAAGAUCCCGUUCAUGCCUCUUCUCCUUAAAGACAUCACGUUUAUCCACGAGGGAAAUAAGACCUUCCAUGACAACCUGGUCAAUUUUGAGAAGCUGCAUAUGAUUGCGGACACGGUGAGAAUGAUUCGCCACUGCCAAAGCGACCAACCAGGCAACGAGGUGGUCGGGGCGGACAGCGCGGAGGUGAGGGCCAGCGUCCACUGCCUGCACAUCAUCGACAAUCAGCAGACGCUUUUCGAGCUGUCCCACAAACUGGAGCCGCGAGCCUGAAGGCCUGGCGCCGCAAAAAACCCCGGCCCUCGCGAGCGCCGCGGCGAGGCCGCGCGGCCAGCAGAGCUGUGAGACGGACCGUGAGGUGCCCUGCUGUGUGAAGGCCGCCGUACACUGACCGGAAGGAGGCCGCCUCUAGUCCAGGCCGCAUCUUACCGACCGGGCGCGCCUUCGUUUUGUCCCCGUCAGCUGUCGUCACUUAUUUAUGAGCCUCCUCAUCAGGCGGAAUGUUACUUUUAUUUCGGUCAGACAUUUUCACGUCCCUACGGGCCCAAAAAAGAUUUCACCUCCGCGUAGGCAUUUCACUUUGUGAGCGCAUCUCCAGGUCACGUUUAACCACAUUUGGAACAGCUUCUGCUUCUUUCUCCGCCCCCACUCAAGUCUCUCCUUGACUUGUAGCCAAACAGUCCUCAUCCGCUCCUCCUCACAUUGACAGAUACAGAUCCCGGGUGGGCGUGCACGCCACCGACCCAAACACGCCCCCGGUGCCAAACGUCCACUCAGAGAGCGCUUCGUCCUCGUGGACAGGGCCCCGGCAUGGCGCCUCAUCCACCAUCACGUCAAACCUCCCAGAGAUGCUCUCUGACACAACGUGACUGAUAGGGUUCAGUUGAGAUUGAGCCUCAUGCGGGGUUGCCAUGGAAACGCGGCCCCUGUAUUUUCAAAGCACUGCACAACAGGCCAGCUUUGUUCCACUGUGUCACGUUCACAAGGACAUCGGCGGUUCUUCCUGACUGAAAAUAUAUUCUCACCCAGAAGCGGUUUCUAAUCAGCAGUGAGAAAUAACACAGGGCACGGACAGGAUAAUGAAAGCACAAGGGAAAACUCCUGCUUCAUAGGAAUAUGAAAUGGCAGGAUUUUUUUCUAUUGUUCCUUUAAAAGGUAUUAGAUUACUGAGGCGUUUUUUUUUUUGUUAUUAAAAUCCCUGAAGGAACGGAAUGGCUCCUUGAAAGAAAAAAAUGCAGCACUGGACAAAGAGAACCCUCAAAAAACAAAUAAUACAAACAAAUUGGAUUAAAAAGCCAUUUUUUGGCAGAUAUUAUUAGUGUUUUUCUUAUUUUUGUUCUUGCCCUGUGUGCUCAUUCCUUCACCUCACUGGAGAGUUCUCACAGUGAUGAUCCUACGUGUCACAGUAAUGCAUGCGCUGUAGGAUUUAAGUUUAUGUUUUGGUUGUUUGUUUUCUUUAGAUGGCAUAGAGCAGGGAUUAGGUGCAAUACAACAGAAGUGCUCAUCUCAGCACGAAGCUUUUCUGCAGAAGGAGCUGCAGGUCAUACAGAAUCACUGGUAACUAUUGACCGGAAUUUUCCAAUCUUGUUUUAGUGCCAACGAUAAGAAAGAGCUUGUCACGGUGCAGAGUCUGUUCCACGUGUUUAUUUUCACUGGAUUCUCGCCAACGGAUUCUGUGGUUCUUUAGCAGCUCUCACCUAAAACCAUGACUGGAGGACCCCUUAAGAUAUUAGAUUUUAUGUUGUUCUGAAAGAAAAUCAUGCUAAACCUACAGUCUUGGGUCCAGACAUUUGAUGUCUCACAGGCAUUGCCUGAGAAACUAUAGUGCACCUUACCAACACGCCACCGCAGGGGAUUGGAGACACAUGUUUACCCUCAUUAGCUAUUUCAAAUUUGGUAGAAGGUAACAGCAACAACCAGAGCAAAAACUGCACCCAACUGCACCGUUUUAGCUGACAUGAGCUGCUGUUUGCUUCUUCUACUUAAUGACAGUAUAACAGCCACUCCAACAACGUGUUCGCAAAGUUACUUCAUGUGUAUUUGCACCCCGUGUUGCUUAGGAUCUUUAAGCCUUCGUGUACAUUUCAGAUGUGCAUUUGGUGAGACAAACUGAGUGACUGACAGACGGAGUGGCUAAGUCGGAGCCACGACCCGUUCUCGCGUCCGUUUUUUGGGACCACCGACAGGCCUCUGCUGACCAUGUUCAAAGAGCAGAACACUCGUUGUGUUGGUAAUUUAUUGAAACGCGUUGUUUAUUUAUGGUGACAAAACGUCUUAGCUUCUGUGCCAUGCUCUGAGCUUCAACAGUGUGGUGAAAAGGAGAAGUACAAGCACUUUUUGUUGUGUUUUGUGGCCAUUUGGGGGGCAGCAGAGGAGCCGGUGAGGCUUUAUUCUGAGGAUUUCUGCCUCCUGCUGCCGAACACUGAACAGCAAGAGGCUGUAUUUUUUUUUGAUCAGCCACUGUAAGGUUAUGUUGUGUAAAGUUCAGUUGUUUUUUUUAUAUCAAUGUUCUUCAGAAUCUGUUUGCAUGACGAAACAAAAAAUAAAUCCCCACAAAUGAAGAGAGGACAGACACUUUGAAGGCUCUGUAAUAUUGUGGAUGUGUAAAUAUGCGCUUCUGUUUGGUAUGUUGUUAUUAUUGAUCCGUUCUAAAUGAAAAUGUCAGUCACAAAGCAAUACGUGUCCCCUCGUUUCCCCUCAACCGACAGCCGAAGUCAUACGUCUUUUUUAAAGCUGCGUUUUACUAUGUCAAGAUUUUACUGCAAAUGAAUAAAUUAUAGGUUUUAUGUGAACAUCUACAGGUGAGCUUGUUGUCUUUUCUUGCUUGAGGCACAGGAAGCAGUGUGACCCUCUGAAGGAGCGAGAUGGAAGUUCAAAAACCUUUUUGAAAAGCGGCGCAAAGGUAAAACCUGUGGAGUAAAAAGACGACCACAAAUCAGACCGGUUUUAGCAUCCUCGGGUUCUCAGCCUACACAGAGCUCACGGGGAAUGAAACUUUCUUUUGAACGUCACUAAAAGAGCUACGCAGAGCAAAAGUUAUGAUAACCGAGCUGAUCCGUCUUUCUGCCAUCUUUCUGAUUUAGUCUGAACUCUCUCCAGAAGUAAAACUAUAUCUAAUGUUGCGUAUUUGAUUUAUUAUUUGUUAACAAUAGUCCAUUGCCAUAUGAAAUUUUGACUUUUGUAUCUUUAAGAAACCUCCCAAUCAAAGGCAUUGUUUGUUUAACCCCACCCCAUCUACAUAUCAACAAGUUUAUUCCAAUUAAUAGAAAAGAAGAAAAGAAAUAAAGAAGCUAAAAAGAUCAAAUAAGCUUACAUUAAUUUAAAAGUAUAGAUUACCCUUAAAUUGUUUCCUUUUUUAAAUCCUUUGAAAGGUAUCUUCUGUACAGGGACGCUGUUAUCAUGAAAUAAAACUUUACUACAGUAUAAAAGAGCGAGUUUGUUCUUAACUGUUUUUGUACAGCUUCAACAGUUUCAGGCCGGAAACAUUUCUCCACUGACCUCUGUAGAAGUGAAGAUAAUCUCUGGGUGAUACCAAAGAAACCGGACUUGUCCUCUGACUCUGUUUUUUAGUGGAAACACCAAUCGGGUCAGAUAAACCUCAGAA